AUGGUCCCAUCAUCCGUCUCCAUUCGUUUCCAGCACCACUUCCAAAUGAUAGUCGCAACCCUUUCCCCUCGCGGGGAUCUGGAUCGCUCGGAUCGCUCCUGUGUGCGGCGGGUGAUCACACUAGUGAUCACACUGCUGCCCGCCUGCGGCUGGGUCGCAUCAGUGAUCACACUGCUGCCUGCCUGCGGCUGGGUCGCAUCGGUCUCAUGCACUGGAGAGUCACCUCGUUUGCGUUUGCCAGGCAUACCCCUGGCGCUUUUUUUCUUUGCUGCUAACACAAACAAAGCCUCGAGAGAAAACGGCUGCUGUGCAAAGAGUUUAGAGGACGCAGAGGACAUCAUGAGACGUGGGCGGGACCGGGGCUGGGCGGAACUCGGGCGGGACAAGGGCGGGACAUGGCGGGACGUGGGCGGGACAUGGCGGGACAUGGGCGGGACAUGGCGGGACAUGGGCGGGACAUGGCGGGACAUUGGCGGGACAUGGGCGGGACACGGGCGGGACAUGGGCGGGACAUGGCGGGACACGGGCGGGACAUGGGCGGGACAUGGGCGGGACAUGGCGGGACACGGGCGGGACAUGGCGGGACAUGGGCGGGACAUGGCGGGACACGGGCGGGACAUGGCGGGACAUGGGCGGGACAUGGCGGGACAUGGCGGGACAUGGGCGGGACACCCAAAACGGACACCCUCGGGCCCCGCCCCGGACACCUUUCCCGGGUGCUAA